GUAGUUCCGCCCUGCCUAGGGCGGAAGUCUUCUCUGGGACUGGAAGAAGUCGGGUGAUCAGCUGUCACCUUGGUUACGAGAGCUGAUGCUGGGUUCAGUCCGACGUGCCAUCCAAGGCCCUCAGCUGAUUCUCCAGUCUUUCCCCAGAAGAAGCAUUUCACGACAACGGCCUCUGAGGAUGAGGCUGCUCCAGUUUCAGAGUUCAGGUUCCCAGAGGAUUGGUCUGGAAUUAAAAGCUGGAGGAGACGUCAUUGACCUCAAUGCCUUUGAUUCUUCACUGCCAUGUGGAAUGAGAGAGUUUCUGGAGGCUGGAGAGACUGCCUUGGAGAAAGCAAAGAGUGCUUUGGAGAGUGGCCAGCAUGUCUUAAAACGAUCGGAUAUUUCACUACUAGCUCCUAUCACCAACCCAGAGAAGAUAAUAUGUGUUGGCAUGAAUUACGUAGAUCACUGCCUGGAGCAGAAUGUCCCUGUUCCCAAAGAACCCAUCAUCUUCAGCAAGUUUCCCAGUUCCAUAGUGGGUCCAUCAGAUUCCAUUAUCCUUCCCGCAGAAAGCGAGGAAGUGGAUUGGGAGGUUGAGCUGGCCUUUGUGAUCGGGAAGAAAGGGAAAGACAUCAAGGAGGAGGAUGCUAUGGACUAUGUUGCUGGAUUUACAGUCGCACAUGAUGUCGGUGCUCGAGACUGGCAGAUGAAGAAAAACGGCAAGCAGUGGCUGCUGGGGAAAACGUUUGACACAUUCUGUCCCAUCGGGCCAGCUUUGGUCACUAAGGACUCCAUUUCAGACCCUCACUGCCUCGGGAUCCGCUGCCGUGUCAACAAAGAACUUGUCCAGGACAGUAACACAAGCCAGAUGGUCUUCAAAACAGAAGCUCUCAUUGCUUGGGUCUCCAAGUUUGUCACACUGAAGCCAGGCGACAUAUUCCUUACUGGAACCCCUCCAGGAGUCGGUGUAUUCCGGAAGCCACCUGUCUUCCUUAAGGCAGGAGACGUGGUUGACUGUGAAAUUGAUGAGUUGGGAAUUAUCAGCAACCCCGUGCUGUGAUGACUUUUCAACGGAAGCAGGGACAGUGCCGUGUGUAAAACGUGCUUAAUAGUGAAGAUCACAAACACAAUAAAAGGGAGAUUCCUGAUUUUUAA